CUACAGCAAUGACCGCCGUGCCAGCCAAUCAGAACGCGACUCUUCAAGUAAGACCCGCCCCCUGAUGGUCCUCAGGUUCCUUCCCGCUCACACAGGAGUCACUUCCGAAGAAAGAGAACCGCCAUGAAGAGAGCCGGGGGUGCCGCCCACCUCCGCUCCGACAGCCUCCCGGAGUCCCAGCAGCAAGACGGCAACCACGCACCCAACUUCUCCAGCCACAGCUCAUGCCGCCGUCGCCAGCGGCGCCGACAUGACAAGGCGCUGCAUGCUCACUAGACCAGGUUUCCCCUCAUCCCCAGCCCCGGGGUCGUCGCCCCCGCGCUGUCAUCUGAGACCGGGUAGUACCGUCCCUGCUGCAGCGGGAAAGAGAACACAGAGUCCUGGGGAAAGGAAGCAGUCAAUUAUAGAUUUCUUCAGAUCAGCUUCAAAACAAGACAAACAUAUGUUGGAUUCUCCACAAAAAUCAAACAUCAAAUAUGGAGGAAGUGGUUUGUCCAUCACUGGAACAGAGCAAUUUGAAAGGAAACUAUCCUCACCAAAAAAACUUAAACCCAAAAGGAUGCCAUCAGAAAAGAGCCCUAUUAUAGAGGCUUUCAUGAGAGGUGUUAAAGAGCACCCGAAAGAUUGUGGUGUACAUGAGUCAUGUCGGCCUUAUAUGUCACUAACCAACUGUCCAAAGACAGUUACUAAAGUCUGUUUUCCUCCUCCCUAUCACUUGUCAAAAGAGGUGAAAACACUAAAGAAAAAACAUCGAUCUCCAGAGAGAAGGAAGUCACUGUUCAUUCAUGGAAAUAGCAGGGAGAAGAAUGAUAGAGAUCGAGGCAAAACCAGUGCAGAUUCCAAAAAGCAGGCCACAGUGACAGAAGCUGACAUCUUCAAGAAUACCUCCAGAAGUCUUAGCAGCAGGAGUAGCCUAUCCAGGCACCACCCAGAGAGCCCACUGGGAGCUAAGUUCCAGUCGUCUCUAGCUUCUUACUGCAAAGAAAGAGAACAAAAAAAGUUGAGACGGGAGCAAAUGGAGCAGAGAAUCAACUCAGAAAAUUCUUUCUCAGAAGCAAGCAAUCUUUCCUUAAAAUCUUCUGGUAUAGGAAGAAAUUGUCAACUAAGGCAGGAACAGAGUAAACAAAAUGAUGUCACACCUGGAAAGAGUAAUCUUUCAAACCUGGAAAAUGGACAUCUCUCAAGAAAAAGAUCGUCCUCUGAUUCGUGGGAACCUGCUUCAGGCUCUAAACAGAAUAAAUUCCCUGACAAAAGAAAAAGGAACUCUAUGGACUCAGAUCUGAAAAGCACAAGAGAAUCUAUAAUGCCAAAAGCAAAAGAGUCCUUCCUUGAGAGGCGUCCUGACGGACCACAUCAGAGAGAGAAAUUUAUAAAACAUAUUGCACUGAAGACACCUGGUGAUGUAUUGCGCUUGGAAGAUAUAUCCAAGGAACCGACUGAAGAAGCUGAUCGCUCCUCUGCAGGCUUGGCACCUUCAAAUUCUGGCCACCAUUCUUCCAGGAAUAGUGACCAAAUCCGUGUGGCAAGUACCAAAGAGACUAAGAUGCAGAAACCCCACUUACCUUUACCUCAGGAAAAGUCUGCAGUUAAAAAAGCUAGCAACCUUCAGAAAAACAAAACUGCUAGCUCUGUGGCAUCAAAGGAGACAAAACUACCUUUACUUUCCCAUGUUCCAAAUGCUGGUUCCUCUCGGGCACCAUUAAAUACUAAAAAUUGCACUCUUCCAGUUCCUAAAAAAGAUAAAGAGCGUUCCUCAUCUAAAGAAUGUUCUGGGCAUUCUACAGAGUCCUCCACACAUAAGGAACACAAAGCAAAGACUAAUAAGGCUGAUGAUUCUAAUGUAUCUUCAGGGAAAAUUUCUGGGGGAUCUUUGCGUUCAGAAUAUGGCACUCCUACAAAGUCUCCCCCAGCUGCUUUGAAAGUUGUGCCAUGUAGCCCAAGCCCUACAGCACCUUCAGAUAAAGCCCCUUCAGAUAAAAAGAGUUCAGGAAAUUUCAAUGCAGGUAGCAGUGCACUGAAAAGAAAACUAAGGGGUGAUUUUGAUAGUGAUGAAGAAAGUUUAGGUUACAACUUAGACAGUGAUGAGGAAGAAGAAACAUUAAAAUCACUGGAAGAAAUAAUGGCUCUGAACUUCAAUCAGACUCCUGCAUCUACAGGAAAGCCUCCUGCUCUUUCCAAGGGGCUUAGAUCUCAGUCAUCAGACUAUACAGAACGUAUUCAUAGUGGAACUUACACAAAUACUCUAGAGCGUCUAGUGAAGGAAAUGGAAGACACACGAAGGCUAGAUGAACUGCAGAAGCAACUACAGGAAGACAUAAGGCAGGGCCGAGGCAUUAAAUCCCCAAUCAGAAUUGGAGACCAAGACAGCACAGAUGAUGAGGAUGGCCUCUUAGAAGAGCACAGGGAAUUUCUAAAGAGAUUUUCAAUUACAGUUGAUGCUAUUCCUGAUCAUCAUCCAGGUGAAGAAAUAUUUAAUUUCUUCAAUUCUGGAAAAAUUUUCAAUCAGUAUACCUUGGAUUUAAGAGACUCUGGUUUUAUUGGACAAAGUGCCGUAGAAAAGCUUAUUCUUAAAUCAGGAAAAACAGAUCAGAUUUUUUUGACAACACAAGGCUUCCUUACUUCUGCUUAUCACUAUGUCCAGUGUCCAGUACCUGUGUUAAAGUGGCUGUUUCGGAUGAUGUCAGUUCAUACAGACUGUAUUGUGUCCAUGCAGAUUUUAAGUACACUGAUGGAAAUAACAAUUAGAAAUGAUACCUUCAGUGAUUCACCAGUUUGGCCCUGGAUCCCAUCAUUGUCUGAUAUAGCAGCUGUGUUUUUCAAUAUGGGAAUUGAUUUUAGAUUUUUGUUUCCUCUGGAGAAUCUUCAGCCAGACUUCAAUGAAGACAGUCUAAUUUCUGAAACACAGAUGACAUUGGGGGGGAAAGAAAGUGAAGAUUCAUAUUCUAAGCCAAUUUUUUCAACUCUUCCUGAAACCAACAUUUUAAAUGUGGUUAAGUUUCUAGGCUUAUGUACAUCUAUACAUCCAGAAGGUUACCAGGAUCAGGAAAUAAUGUUGCUGAUUUUAAUGUUGUUUAAAAUGAGUUUGGAAAAACAGCUGAAGCAAAUUCCUCUAGUAGACUUUCAAAGCCUCCUGAUAAACCUGAUGAAAAACAUCAGAGAUUGGAACACAAAGGUGUCUGAACUCUGUCUGGCCAUAAAUGAACUCUCCAGUCAUCCCCACAACCUUCUGUGGUUGGUACAGCUGGUCCCUAACUGGACAUCACGUGGAAGGCAACUGAGACAGUGCCUCAGCCUAGUCAUUAUUUCAAAGCUUUUGGAUGAGAAACAUGAAGAUAUCCCUAAUGCCAACAAUCUGCAGAUAUCAGUCCUACAUCGCUAUCUGGUACAAAUGAAGCCUUCUGAUUUGUUAAAGAAAAUGGUCUUGAAGAAAAGGGCUGAACAACCAAAUGGCACCAUUGAUGACAGUCUUCAUCUGGAACUUGAAAAGCAGGCAUAUUACCUGACCUACAUUCUUCUUCAUUUAGUUGGUGAAGUUAGUUGUUCUCAUUCUUUCUCUUCUGGACAACGAAAACACUUCGUGCACCUCUGUGGGGCUUUGGAAAAGCAUGUUAAGUGUGACAUUAGGGAAGAUGCAAGACUGUUUUAUAGAACUAAGGUAAAAGACUUGGUUGCCAGGAUACAUGGAAAAUGGCAGGAAAUAAUCCAGAACUGUCGGCCUACUCAGGGGCAGCUUCAUGACUUCUGGGUACCAGAUUCUUAACAGGAGUUGCAGCAGCAAAAAUAUGAACCAAGAGCAAUUCAAUAAAAGCCUUUCCUAGAGAAAUAGAAAGGAUUACUACAAAAUCCAGUGGAAUGCUAAGAAAAUGUGCUGAUGUACCUACCACUUGAAUAUCUAGUGUGAACCUAGUAAUGAAAUUGCCAUUUCUGAAGCAGAUAGGAAAUGCGAUCUGUUUAAGGCAGUUGGCCUUUUUAAAGAGCAGAAUCCUAUAAUGGGAGGAGUGGAAGCUGCCAAUAAAGUUGCAUGUCUCACCUGCCCCUAUUAACUCCUCUGUUAAAUUGUAAGCCAGUUGUCUUUUUUUUUUUUUGUAUUUGUGGCACUUGGAUAAUCAUAGAAAAUACAUAAGAAAGGGUUUGGACCAACUUGAGGAGUUGGACGUGGAAACCAAGACCAAGUUCCAGUUGAGUUUAACUUUCUCUUUUGGUUAUUUUAAGAUUCAAAGGGAAAGCUUACAACUGAGUUGAGUAACAAAAAGGAUAAAUCUGUUCUGUAACUCCUGUAAACUAGGGAGGUUUCAAUUUAUGUUUUUUCCUUCACUAUUCAAGAUUAUAAAUCUGUGACGUUUUUAAAAUACAUUUAAACAUACAGUUGAGAAACAGAAGUUUGGUGUAUUAUCAGAUCCCCUAAAGGGGAAGAGGUUAAGCUAUAAAACAGUGGCUUUGUUUAUAUGCCAAAACAUUCAUACGUAGUUUGUUUUUAAUUUCUUUCCAGUGCUUUUGUUUUAAAAUACUGGUUAAAUCUUAGAAUCUUGGCUAAAUCUUAGAAUUCUGGCCCCUUGAUAACCAUAUUACAGAAGUUUAUACUGUAAAAGCUUAAAGAUCUGGAGAAGUUUCCAAAAACCUAUUUUCAUGAGUAUAUCAUCUUGGCAGAGACCUGGAUGCUGUUUAUUCUUUAGGACACUGCAUGCGUGUGUCUGCACACGCGUGUGUGUGUGUGCUUGUAUUUUAAAGUUGUUGCACUUGAAAACCACAGCUGCUCUAAAUUCUUAAACACUGGAAAGCCACCCUUUGGUUUAAAUGGUGGAAGGUUAGUAGAAGUGCACGUGCUGGUGUUAGCCCAAGGGCCCUUUGAAACCUUUGAUAGUAAUAGACUCUUACUAACUGAAAAAUUCUUUUGUUGACUAAGUGUCACUUUUAGGAGGGUUUGUUUCUUAAAAGACAACGCCAGCCCUUUUUUUCCUUUCGGUAUUGACUUGGAUGACAUUGCUCUCCUGAGCACUCUGUAGGUCUUCAGCUGUGGGGGGAAAGAUGAUCAGGGGGAGGGGAUUGAACUUGAUGUUUGUAGUUUGAGAGGGGGGAAAAUAAAUUUUGAAGAAUAGCUUUCUACCUCUAAAUUGAGGCUUAGUAGUAAAAACCAUUUUAUCUUAAAUUUAUCAUUUAAAAUAGCAUCAGUAACUUUUGAGCCCAUGUCAAGAAUUGAGCAGUUAGAGAUUGUAUAGGAAAGACCUAAGUCCAGCUCCUGAGAACCCUGGCUGAAUGAGGCUGCAAGAGUCAGACCAACAAAAGUUUUAUUCUGUGUUGUUUACUGGUAAGAGUAUUAUUAUCUUGAUACUACCUCUCAAGGGUAUUGUUAGAAAAUGCCACUUAUGGCUAAUGAGAUAGAUACAAAGAGUUAUAUUUGACAGAAGCUUGAAACUCUGGCAUCUAUCUGCCCAACAAUGGGGGCUUUUUCACUCUGUAAUUUAAUACUUUGUAGAUACAUUAUUUGUGUGUAAUUUUAUAAGUGUUCAUAUUUUUCUCAUUUUGCAUUGUGUAAAGUGUACAAAAUCUCAAAGUAUAAAAUACUGCUUAUAUUGCUUGUAAUUACAGUGUGUAAAUAUUUUCUAAUUGUGUACAUUGAUGCGGGGACAAGUGGGUUAUUCAGGUUUUUUUUUAAGUGACCCUUUUGUAUUGCAGUUUCAACAGAUAACUGCCCAUCAAAUUUAAAACCACUUUGAUAAAUUUUUAUUUAGCAGUUCCAAUAAGAAAAAUAUCUAUUUUUCAUUCUCUUUCUCCAUUAGAGAAGAAUACUUCAUCUGUCCCUUUAAAAUGAGUGGCCAAACAUCGGUUUGGGCCCUUGUAUUUAUGACUCUGGUUGAUGUCUUCAAUCUCCAGGUCAUAUUCCAGUCAGUAUUUGCAUUUGGGUUUUCAUAAAAAUGUUGUGAUUCUCUUUUAGCACAAGUAGACCAUGGUUUUUCUCCCAAAUCAAGUAUUAUCCUUUUCCCUCUGUCCCCAUGCUUUGUCUCCCUCCUGCUGUUGUCCACCCAGUGAAUGGGACGGUAGUGGGGGAGAAAAUGUUCAUUGCACAGAGAAUGUCAGGCCACUUUUGGGACUUGGCAAACAAAGCUUGCACUGAGUGGUGGUGUGUUUGGCAGUGUUACUGUGCCAAAACUCACCUUGUCUAAUUUUCUGGAUAUGUAUGGCACACUUAUUACUAUUGCAAGCUGAAAAUUAAGGUACUUGUGUUUAUGCUUUUGUGUGUAACUGUUUGCCUUUUCUAACCUGCUUUUCUUGUUAUCCGAAAAUAUGAUUCUAUUAGUUAACAUCAUGUUAAGAGGCUCUCCAUGCACAAAAUGCAUCUAUGUAGCAGUAAAGUAACAGCAUUUGUACAUUUUCUGUCUAUCUCCUGAUGGCGGUAGUGCCUUUGUCACCUUUUGGAAGGUUGGCGUUUGUUUUUUGUUUUCAGAUACAAGUUAGCUGGCUUUCGACUUCACAGAAAUCUCCCCAGAUGUAAAAGAUAGAAAAUGGCAUGUUGUCAUCCAGGCUCAGUUGGAGCAUUUGCAUUUUUAUUUCUGUCAAGACAAGUAUAGUUGGUGGGGACUGGCCAGUAAUAAUGUGUGGAGUCAUUAAACCAAGAAUAAUUUUUAAAUUUAAAAAAGUGAAAAUUUAAGAGGUGACCCAUCAACGAGGGACUGAGUUGGAGAAUUAGGGAAGGACUGUCCUGAUUUGUCUAAGGAGGCAAGAUUGUGGGACAGGUGGCUGGGCAUGUAGAGCAUGGUCUGUGGUGGUUAUUUCUUACCCAUUAACAGUGUUGGCACCUCACUAUCUGUGUGUUUGUUUCCCUUGGGCAGUCCUGUCAGCCAGUUAAUCCACCAGCUCUUAGGCAGUUUACAAGUAAAUGCAGAUUUCCUUUUUUUUUUUUUAAUUUUAUACUAGAUCUUGUUUAAAGUCCUAUGAAUGUAUGUGUCUUAUUAAAAUGGCUUUUUCUCAAUUU